AUGGCGCAUCGGGAUCCCUCCCCGGUGCAUGUGCCCCUUCGAACCUCGAGCCGGAACCCUCGCAAACCCGGUGCAAUGAACAGCCACGAGGACGUUGGUUAUGUCGAGCGGAAAGCCUCUAAGGCGCAGCGCAUCUUGGGCACCGACUUGCCCCUCCCCAACCGCCAGGCUGGAUGGGACAAGCCGCAAAAGUCUCGUCGAGAGAGCCUGCGGACACCCGAUAACAAUUCGACACAACAGAGUCAGCACUCGGGCUUCGCCGCAUUUCCUUCGUCAAGAGUGCAUAUGGCGCCGCCUCCGAACCUGCGCGUUCGCGCCUCGUCGCCUCUGCUCGGCCACAACUAUCAUUCUCAGGAACCAGCACCACCGUUGCCCAAAUCCUCCAAGAAGAUCCAUCACACCGGAUCUUCGUCCACUCUUUUCUCAUAUUUCAGCUCCAAGGAGUCGACAAAAUCGGCUUCAAAAUCCAGCCCGACCACGCCCAAGCACCCGAGCCUCCAGCCGCAUAUCCGUCAUGAACUGGGCAUGGACCCUCAAGUGACCUACAAACAAUCUCGCAGUGCAGCAAAGGAGAAGGAGAAGGAGAAGGAGAAGGAAAAGGAAAAAGAACCCAAGCGGAGGUUGCGCCCUCACCGCAUUGAUCUGUCCAUUCUCUUCCCGAAACCUCGAAAUCCCGCCCCUCCGUUAUUGUCACCCCAACGCAUGACCCAUUCUCCCUCAUCUGUCUCCACUGUUGUUUCAGACUAUCCAUCUAGCCGAAUUGACAAAGUUAAAAGCGCCUCCUCUGCGAAGAAGUUUGGAGAGCCCUUGCCGUCGCAGGCAUCCGUCAUUCAGAAUGAAUGGCCCAAGCACACUGCUGAUCGCUCCGAUUUGCUUUCGAUUCCCGAGUCAAAGGGCGGCGAGUGGCAUGAUCACCCGCUUGAGCGGACGGUGGGGACAAGCGAAAUUGACCUCGCCCUGGACCAAUACGCCGGUCGACGCUCGCUUUUAAGCCGGUCCAGUCUCUACACAGCGGCUAGUCGGGAACAGUUAAGGGCCGAUAUUCAGCGUCCCACGGAAAGCGGACUUGCUGCUCGGAGAGGUCACAGCCCUGCUAACAUUCAACACAAGGAUUUGUACUUGAAUCCUACUGCACAGCAGGGGCCAACUCGUCACCGCGCGUUGACCACUGAAUCAAGCACCUCGCGAGGCGGGAAGAGUGCUGUGAGCAAGAAAAGCAGCAAGAGCACCUUGAGGAACCAGGACUUGCAGAACUCCAGCGUCCUCUGUCUCUCUUCAUCGGAGGAUGAGGACGAGGAAGAUCGGGAGACACCCACCAAUGUGAAUGGCAAGAACACCCACAAGAUCUUCCGAGAUAGCGUGACCACCUACGGUGAAUUCGAGCCUGAGAUCUACACGGCUCAGGCUGCCCAGGCUGCCACCGUUAAAAAGGUUGAGCGAGUACCAUCAGUUAGCAGCCGGGGAUCUCAUCCGAAUGCACGGAGCCAAUCAAACCGCAGACAUAGCUCCAUUGCCUCUACCGGCAAGUCCUCGACCACCACUCGUCGCACCGCUAAUUCCAAGCGGUCAAGCCAUGUUCCCAUUAUCGCCGAACCGGAUAUUUUGAAGCAGUUCCCGCAACAGCCGCUGCGUACCCCCCAGGAAUUGAAGGAGAUGAACCGACGAAGCCGAGUCAUCGCGGUGACCCGGCAAGAGCAGGAUCUCCUUGAGGCGAUGCGACAGCGGAAAGGCAAGAUCACACCCAGCAUCUUCCAGUACAACACCAGCGCGCCGGAAACCGACCGUAACUCAAUGGCCUCAGGCCCGUCGCGGGACUCGUUCUGCGGCUCCGACACGUCUUUCUUGCGCCUCAGCGCUGCGUUCCCGCCAUUUCACGGGCGGACAGACCAAGGUGCAACUCACAUGGACAAAGACGGUUCCCCCGCGCAGAGUUCAGGUUCUGAUACUGAACAGAAAACUGGUAAUUCGAUUGCCUCGCCCAAGUUCAGUAUGGGCUACUCCGAAAGCCUUCCAUCCCCUGCCACGAGCAGUGCUUCUCCCCUUACGCCGACCCUCCCCAUCUACCGUUUCUCGCCGCUGCCCUCGCCGAAGCCCCCUCCACGCGGCCCUCCGCCGGCUAUCCCCGAGGAUCAAAAGCAGCAUACCCGCCGUCGCACCGAUAGUAGCGAGGCUAUCAUGCUGAACGACCAUGGUGAGCCACAACUAAAGCACGAUCUUCCGCUCUGGUCGUUCGACUUCGAUUGGAACCACGACCGGGCUAGCGUGGGCCCUGUGCAUUAG